AUGGCCGCCGCCGUCCCUCUCAUCCUCCUCCUCAGAUCAGGCGCAAACACAACAGUAGUGGAAGCAGAACCGCUGCCAUUUAAUUUUCUGCGAGCGCAGGCCACCAGUUUCCCUGUGCGGAUCGACCCCAGCCCCGAGCCCCCUGCUCCCAUGGUUCGUUUUGCCUUCCCACCCCACCGCACCCGAACUGCAGAUCGCCAGUCAGUGCGUUCCACAUUAAACUCCGCUGGGGCCUUCAUGUUGCGUGCCGCGAGCGUUACUGUUGCAUCCCAUCCCAUCCCAGAAUGGCUCCGGGCGCGGUACCACUCCCACGCAGUCGUCUCCAUUAACUGCCUUCUGUUUCAGUACUGGCCGGCCGGUGGCCGUGUCCGUGGGAGCCGGUGGUUCAGGAUUGAGAGCAAGAAGACGUUUGCUCCUCCAAAGGAGGUUCAUGUCCAGGUUACACAUUCGAUGCCACCUCAGAAGAUGGAAAUAUUUCAGUCUCUUGAUGGUUGGGCUAGAGAUAAUCUGUUGCUGCAUCUUAAGCCAGUUGAGAAGUGUUGGCAGCCACAGGAUUUCCUCCCUGAUCCAGCAUCUGAUGGAUUUCACGAUGAAGUUAAGGAACUCAGAGAACGUGCCAAGGAAAUUCCUGAUGAUUAUCUUGUUUGUUUGGUUGGAGACAUGAUUACAGAGGAAGCCCUUCCUACAUACCAGACUAUGCUUAACACCCUCGAUGGUGUCCGAGAUGAAACAGGUGCAAGCCCCACUGCUUGGGCCGUUUGGACGAGGGCAUGGACUGCUGAGGAGAAUAGGCAUGGUGACCUCCUAAACAAGUAUCUAUACCUCACUGGGAGAGUGGACAUGAGGCAAAUUGAGAAGACAAUUCAGUAUCUUAUUGGCUCUGGAAUGGACCCUAGGACAGAGAACAACCCAUAUCUUGGCUUCAUCUACACCUCCUUCCAAGAGCGCGCGACCUUCAUCUCACAUGGAAACACCGCUCGCCAUGCCAAGGACUUCGGUGACCUGAAGCUCGCGCAGAUCUGCGGCAUCAUCGCCUCAGAUGAGAAGCGGCAUGAGACUGCAUACACCAAGAUCGUCGAGAAGCUGUUUGAGAUUGAUCCCGAUGGCACCGUGCUUGCUCUGGCCGACAUGAUGAGGAAGAAGAUCGCGAUGCCUGCCCACCUGAUGUUCGAUGGGCAGGACGAGAAGCUGUUCGACCAUUUCUCCAUGGUGGCGCAGAGGCUCGGCGUGUACACCGCCAGGGACUACGCCGACAUCCUCGAGUUCCUCGUUGGCAGGUGGAAGGUCCCGGAACUGACCGGCCUCUCUGGUGAGGGACACAAGGCCCAGGACUACCUCUGCACCCUCGCUGGCAGGAUCCGGAAGCUGGACGAGAGGGCCCAGUCGAGGGCCAAGCAAGCCGGUAAGAUGCCCUUCAGCUGGGUGUAUGGCAGGGAGGUGCAGAUGUGA